AGGCGGAGGAGGAGCUGGGGAUGACAGACGGCAUGACGGUGCGCCUGCACCGCCACCUGCCCGACCAGGCUCAGGUGGUGGGCUUCUCUUACGGGCUGGGGGAGGAGCAGGCCUCCUACCUGCUGUCGGAGGCGCGGGUGGAGGGUCUGGCGCUGGAGGCGGUGGAGGCGGCGGAGCUGUCGGCGGUGCUGAACAGCGGCGAGUUCCAGGCGCGGUGCGGGGGCAGCCUGCGCUGGCUGCAGGGCCUGGACCUGCUGGGGGAGCUGCAACUGGAGGGCCCCACGCUGGUGCUGGCGGCAGGGCACGGCACGCUGCGCGAGGCGCUCGACGCGCUGACGGCGUCGCGGCUGGAGAGCAUCGACGUGGAGGCGGCGGAGGUGCUGUUCACGGACGGCUUGGGGGCCUCCUACACGGGCAGCAGGCGCAUGCAGCAGUUCAUUCGGGAGCACUACGGCCACACCUGGCUGGUGUGGUCCCACGACGCGGUGCAUCCGGAUGAGGAGGUGGCUGAGGAGGACAAGGGUUGGGGGGGACACGCGCGGCAGGGCGGCGGCUUCACCUUGCGGCGCAAGUACCCGGACGCGCCCUCCAAGCCCCGGCAUGCCUCGCCCACCGGCGCGCGCAUGUACAACCGCUGA